AUGUUAUAUGAUAGUAUUUAUAAUUUAAUUCCUUAUUGUCGUCGACUUGAUGAAAAUGAAGAACAAGAAGAAUUAUCUAUAGUAUCAUAUGAAAAUGUUUUAAAUAAGAUGACAUUUGCUGAACUAUAUCGAGAAGGUAUAACAAGUACAGAAUUCCUUCAAUGGGCAUCACCAAUAGAUAUUGUAGAACGAUAUGAAAAAAAUGGUGAAAAUUCUAGUGAAAUAUUUUACAAUUGUUCAUCACCUUGGUUUGGUUCAAUAUGUCAAUAUCGAUUUGAUAAUGACAUUCUAUCUUUAUUUAAUAAUGUUAGUCAAUUUAUUUUCAAUUUCUCUGAUGAUUUAUCCAUUACUAAAGGUAUGAUUAACGAUACAUGUUAUUCAUUAUUAAAUAAUUGUUAUCGUGGUCCAUCAUCAGUAUGUUUUCAUUGGAGAGANGGCCUUUAUGCAGGCAAAGUUUCAGGUCAACAUUUGAAAGUAUAG